AGCGUUUCUUCGCUGCGUCCGUAAAGCGUCGCUGAACAGGGAGUGGGAAGUGGAUUGUGCGGUGCAUGGCCAUGAGACUGCAGGCAGCUGUGGCCGGCAAAGUCUUUAUCCAGAGAGACUACACCAAUGGGACCUUAUGUCAGUUCCAGACCAAGUUUCCCUCUGAGCUGGAGAACCGGAUUGACAGGCAGCAGUUUGAAGAAACUGUUCGGACACUAAAUAACAUGUACGCUGAAGCAGAGAAACUCGGGGGUCCGUCCUACCUGGAGGGUUGCCUUGCCUGUCUCACGGCAUACACCAUAUUCCUGUGCAUGGAAACACACUAUGAGAAGGUCCUUAAGAAAAUCACCAAGUACAUCCAGGAGCAGAAUGAGAAGAUUUAUGCGCCCCAGGGCCUGUUGCUGACUGAUCCCAUAGACAGAGGCCUCCGUGUGGUUGAAAUUACUAUCUAUGAGGACAGAAGCCUGACUGGAAGAUAGGACCUUGCAGAUCUGAAAGAUCAGACUUUGCUCUGCAUAUAAAACUCUUCUACUGCGACGAUUGUCCCUGACAUUCCUUCAGUCGCCAUUCCUGUGUCUGCAGCGAUCACUUGCUGCUUCCUUCAACUCUGUAUAUAAUGGACCCAAAUCAACACUCCUGUGCCAACCCUUCAUUGCCAGCCUGUGCCAAGUGACUGACUAUUCUCCGUCAGCUUGACAUGCAGGGCACGAGAUUAAGGAGAGGUUAAAACGUAAUCGCGCAGAUGGAUGUCCAUUCAUAUAAAGCCUCUUGGGGGGGGGGGGGGGGAUUGUGCCAAUUGUUUGACUUUUUGUUUCCAGUUUUUAAUUUCCAAACGUGACUUAUUUCAUACAACUUUAGCAGGAGACUGGUUCCAAAGGUGAGGAGGCAAUGCUUAUAGAGAACCAACUGUUUCCUGCUGGUGGGACUGGUCAGUCAGUAACUGAUAUUAAACGGGUUGUGCACCUUUAAUUUAACUUUUAGUAUGAUGCAGAGAUGAAUAUUCUGAGACAAUUUGCAAUUGAUUUGAAUUUUUUAAUAUUUGUGGCUUUUGCGUUUAGUUUUUUAUUGAGAAGCUCUCCCAUUUGCAAUUUCAGCAAUCUGGUUGCUAUGGUCCAAAUUACCCCAGCAACCAUGCAUUGAUUUGAAUUAGAGACUGUAAUAUGAAUAGGAGAGGCCUGCAUAGAAAGAUAAGUAGUAAAAAGUAGCAAUAACAUUACAUUUGUAGCCUUGCAGAGCAUUUGUUUUUAGACGAGGUCAGUGACCCCCCCAUUUGAAAGCUAUAAAGAGUCAGAAGAAAAAGGCAAUCCACAAAUUAAAUAAUGAUAAGAAAGGAAGGCCAAUUGAAAAAGUUGCUAAGAAUUGGCCAUUCUAGAACAUACUAAAAGUUAACUUAAAGGUGAACCACCCCUUUAAGGUUUCUUUCUUUUCGGAAUCCAUCUGGGGCCCCAUGUCCAUGUAGAACAGUGGGGAAGUGUAGGAGAAAAGGGAAAGUACAAACUGAUAAGUAUUGACUUGUGACUGAUUAGUAAAGGCCAGAUUAUAUCAGUGCAGCGUGUUGUGUGUGUUUUUUAUUUUUUUUUAGUGGGUCACUGUUCUACAUCACCCACAGCUUGCUUAGUCCAGUCAAACUUGCCAUCACUCCAUUUCUUCCCGGCCUUUCAGCUGAUUCUCCUCACCCCCCACGUCAGUAGCCUUUGGCCCUAAUACUAACAGAGGCAUUUCUGUGUGCCUUUGGGAGAAAAUAGAAAUUCCACAAGUAAAAGAAAUUAUUUUCUUCUCUUCCCCCCCCCCCCCAAUUUAUCUUGCAGCAACUGAUGAGAAGGGAUAUGGUCUCAUUUUCUUGUAUUCAUAGGAAUAUAUUUAAACACUGCUCAGGACGGCCAUAUUUGUUUAUCAGUCUAUACAAAGCUGCGCACAUAUCCUAAGUCUGCUGUAUGGGAAUCUGAACAUUUGAGUAGAUGGAAGAGAAGGCCUUUGCCGUUUCAGUGAGUGGGAAAUGGCUGAUAAUAAAGCAGAACUCACAUUGAUGCCAGCGUAAGGCCUGUUAGGGCUCCCGAUCAGUGCUGAGAACUUCAUGUUGUAUUACUCUUUCUUCAUCUAUACUGCAAUUUUAAAGUUUGUCCACAUAAUGAUUUUGCAUUGAUUUUCUGUAUAAAAACGGCACACAUUUUAUUUUUUAGUAAUGGAGCAGAGUCACCAACAACCUCAUUCAAAGGGCAAAACAAAACACCAAUUACAGUAUUUAUAUACAUUAAAGGGGACCUGACACCCAAAAAAACUAUUCCAAAUCCUAAUUAUCACAUUAGUCAAGCAAAAUAAACUUUAAUUACGCUAUA